UUUCACGCGUUCUCUCUUUCUCCUUUCUUUCCCAUUACACACAAACAAACAUUACACACUUAAACCCUAGAUAGAUAUAAAACACAUCUUUAUAUCUAGCUGCUAGUCCAUAUGUUCUCAUUUUGGAUCAGUACUAGCGUAUAUAUAUGGAUGAUAAGGAUGAGGUUGACCCAAUCGUCGGUGGUGAUCUUAAAUGGUCAUUCAACGCCGAUUACAGUUUUUUUGAUGCUAGAGGAGAAAGCGACAACGUAUUAAACGAAUUUGGAUGGAAUUAUGAUGGACCGAUUUUUGAUCGGGUUGACGUUGUUGGACCUGAUGAUCAGGUAGUAGGUUCUGUUGCGUGUACUGAUCAUCAAGCUCGUGUUAAUGAUGAAGUAGUAGGUAAUAAUGUAUUAAAGAAGAUGAUGAUGUCAAAUCGGUUGGAUUCUUCAAGCUCGUCGGAGGAUCGACCCGAGUCUUCCACUGCGUCCGGUGGUAGACCUCUAGAAAGAGCGAAAAAGAAGGGCCCAAAAAGAAUCCGUGAGCCACGUUUUGCAUUCAUGACCAAGAGCGAAAUUGAUCAUCUUGAAGAUGGUUAUAGAUGGAGAAAAUAUGGCCAGAAAGCUGUUAAAAAUAGCCCUUUUCCUAGGAGUUAUUACCGUUGCACAAACAACAGAUGCACAGUGAAAAAAAGAGUUGAACGUUCAUCGGAAGACCCUACAACUGUAAUUACGACAUAUGAAGGCCAACAUUGUCACCACACCGUAGGGUUCCCAAGAGGGCAUGUAAGUUAUCACGAGUCUGCCUACGCAAGACAAGUAGCCCCUACCGCAUUGCUGCAACCAGUUAACUAUUCUACAACACAAUUCCAUAAUCAAGUGCGGACAAUUGGUUCCUUACAGCCCCAACCACAGUUAGGAUCAAGUGACUUGUUAGGAAAUCAUUUAUCUGAUAAACCGCCUCACACUUCCUUUCAAAAUUCUCAUGGUGACCAAGGGUUACUUGGUGAUAUUGUGCCCUCAAGAAUGCGCAACCAAUAAUGUAAAGGAUAUUGUAGUUAAAGUUACCCCACCAAGACGUACUCGUGCAACACAUGAAACUUUUGAUGGAGAUGCACUUGAUGACAUUAUUUUAUAUGGAGAAGUCCACAACAUUGCUAGCUAUGUCUUUCUUUUUAGUUAAUUUGUUCUACAUUAAUAGCCAAAGUUCUUGAUCACUUUUAACAUCAUUAAAUCUCAACAUGUACAUAUGUAUAUGUUGUAUCGAUAAGAAUUUAUUUGCUAGCUAUACAACAUGAUGAGUGUCAAUGAGAAAAAGAAAAAAAAA